AAUAAUCAUAAAUUUGUUAUCCAUGGUGUUAAAUAUCUCGUAGACGAUCAAUUAUCAUGUAUAGAACGAUUAUUCUGGCUCAUAUUUUGUGUAUUAUGUUGGUGGGGUUGUACAAACAUGAUUAAAGAUGUAUUGAUAAAUUAUAUUCAAUAUCCUAUUGCUUUAACUGCUGAAACUACUUAUGUUGACUGGCAGAUACCUUUUCCUGCCAUUGCUUUUUGUAUUACUUCUACUCCUAAAUUGAAAAGAUAUUUCAUAUUGAAUCCAGGAUCAUUCACCGAUGCGCCUCGAAAAGCUUUUAAAUAUUCAUCUGAAGAACUUCUGUCUUUCUACGAAGAGACACGUAUUCCUUGUAAAGAGUUCUUUGCGGAAUGUAGUUGGAAUAACAUAAAAUUCGAUUGUUGUACUAAAUUCCAAGAAUUAAGAAAAACUGGUGUGGGUUAUUGCCUUGCGAUAAAUACAUUUCAUUUGAAAAAAUUUGACAAAUCGAAUGUGCAUUUCUUUGUAAAUCGUACCGUGAAAUAUGGUGAUCUUAUCAUUGAUAUUUCUGUAGAUGCAAGAAUGAAGCAGCAUCUUUAUAAUGGAUUUACAGUAUACUUUCUCAAUAAUUUACAGUUACCAAUAUUUAAAAGUUUGAGUCAUGUAAUUUUAAAAAUUGGACACAUAACUCGAGUUGGAUUUACAAUGGAAGAUACAUUUAAUGAGGAUGGUGUAAAAAAAAUUGCGAUUGAACACAGAGGUUGUCGAUUUCCUGAUGAAAAACGAGCAUACAAUUUAUUUGAUAUUUAUAGUAGAGAUUCAUGUUAUGUAGAAGUAAUUAUAGAACGGAUGAUAAAACUCUGUGGUUGCGUAAAUUUUUAUUAUUUUGUGCCUCAAGGAAUAAGAGUUUGUAAUAGUACGGAAAUGUCUUGCAUAUAUGCUAAUAAGAUGAGUUUCAAUAUGCAAUCACUUAUGGAUGAAUGUGUUCCGGAUUGCGAGGGGACAUCAUUGGCCGUGGAACAAUUGCUUGAAUCUUAUAAAUAUGAUCCUUUAGGUGAAAAAUAUACACGUCUUCAGUUUACUUUGCUUUCACAUCCAAUGAUACGAUAUCGUCGAUAUGUAGUCAACGAUCUUUUAAAUGUUACAGUUUCAGUUGGAAGUGCAAUUGGUCUUUUCAUGGGUGCCAGUAUUUUAAGUAUCUUUGAAAUACCAUAUUGGUUAUUCAUUCGUCGAGACAAAAUAAAAUAAGAUCCUAAUUUUAUUGAAUCAAAAUAUUAAAAUAUGUGAAUAGAGAUUGAAUUUAUAUUAUUUUUUUAAUUAUUGAUUUU